UCAAAUGUCGCAAAAUGGGGACUGUGUUUGAUGACGGAAAUGCCAAUCACACCUACCUACCUACUGCAUCACUUGGCCAGUAAACUUGAGUAUAAACGAAUGCAGUUAUUUACAUUAACGGGUGAUGUGUUCUAACGAAGAUAAGCGGGGAAUGAAGCGAGCCAUUUGUGUAAGAGAAGACAACGUAACACAAUUUGGCGCUGAACAAUGACACAGGAUGAGUUGGCUUGUGCAGGUAUCCACGAUACUUCGUCGACGAAUUGUGAUAGUAGCCGUGACUAUCCUCACCAUCGUUCUGGUUCUACUAUCCUGGUUACCAUGGAAACAAAGUGGCGAUGAUUACUUAGAGGAUGAAGAUUUUUUCGUAUUUGAUAACCUGAAUAGGUUCAUUCCUUCCAAGAAACCGUUCUACGACUUCAUAGACCCUGAUGACAGUCACGUUAUGGACAGUUUCUUUGCUCACAAGCCCGCGAAUAAGUCGACUCGUUUAGCCAGCAGUAAACCAAUCAAAAUUAAUAUCCAUAUACACGAUCCGAAAGUUUUAAAACGGAGAUCGGACUGUGUUCGGCUGGAAACGCCAAGAGGUUUCACGCCUAUAUGUCUAUACGACGUGAAGGUGGACGGCUUCAUCAGCUCGUUCAUACGAGACUACCGCACGUGGGAGCCCGACCUCGUCCGCGGCAUGAAUCUCGUGCUCCACAAGCAUCCCGACAUGCACUUGGUGGACAUAGGCUCCAGUGUGGGAGUGUACACAUUGAACGCUGCCAGUGUUGGGCGAAAUGUUGUGGCGAUAGACGCGUUGAAGUCAAACCUAGAUCUCUUGCAUUCUUCGCUGGUUUACGGGAAACUCAACAAACGUGUCACGCUGGUGUGGAACGCACUUUCAGACCACCGCAUGCGGGUUAGUUUAAAGGUGGGGAAGGAUAACAUCGGUGGGACUAGGGUGGACCACAAAGAAGUAGAUACUAAACAGCCGACAUUUCUUCACAAGACCCCAGAGGCAGACGCCAUCUUCCUGGACGAUCUAACCAGCUUGGUGUCUUCCGCAAUGCACAAGGUAUACAUGAAGAUGGACGUGGAGAGUUCCGAGGCCAGGGUUCUGAAGAAGAGCUCCGAGUUCUUCCAGACCCUGGACGUCCAGUACGUGCAGAUGGAGUGGAUGAUGCAGAGGAACAAGGAUGGGCUGCAAAUCGUACACUUCAUGACUCGCAACGGAUUUCUGCCUUACUCCAAUGUAAGCAGAACGACAUUGCUACACAUGGAACGAUAUGCAGAGUGGCCAGAUAACAUAGUGUGGAUGAAAAGAUAACUUGUUUUUUUAUAAAUGAUAUUAUUUUGCACUAAGACUUCAUAUAUCAGAAUUCUAAAACUUGUUUUAACCCGAGUCAUUAGUGUGUGUGUGUGUGUGUGUGUAUAUGUAUAUAUAUAUAUAUAUAUAUAUAUAUAUAUAUAUAUAGAGAGAGAGAGAGAGAGAGAGAGAGAGAGAGAGAGAGAGAGAGAGA